AUGGCAUCCGACAACAAAAUGGGUCGUUGGGGUGCCAUAAGUUAUGUAAUGGGAAAUAUUGUAGGCGCAGGAAUUUUUAUUGCACCCACAGCUAUAUCUAAUCAAGUUGGAUCGGCAGGAAUGUCGAUCAUAAUUUGGGUACUGUCCGCAAUACUUUGUACAAUUGGGGGCUUUUGUUAUUUGGAAUUGGGUACAAUUGUAAAAAGAUCUGGAGGGGAUUUUGCAUACCUUUGCUUUGUAAAAUGGCAUUGGAUUGCUUUCAUGUUUAUGGUCUCUGGCUGCGUGAUCGUUUAUCCUAUGCAGUUAGCAAUUGCAGCGAGUGCUUCUGGCGAGUACAUUGUUCAGGCAUUUCAGUUUUGUAAGCAAUUUUUUCAUUGUUAUUCGCAGGGUCUUGGAUUUUCUGAUAAUCCCCAUGUCUAUUGGCUAAAUAAACUGUUUGGAUUCUCCAUUGUCUGGCUGAUACUUUUUUUGAAUUUUUUCUCAAUCCGUCGAGUCGGUGCCCCUUUCCAGAUGCUUUCUUCUGUGGCAAAACUAACUGCCUGUACUUUUGUUAUUGGAGCUGGUGUUUUCCAAGUUUUCUCGAAAGGUUAUUCAGUAUUAUCUCGCCUUUAUUCCCACUUUCCAGGCAGCAAAUUCAAACAGAUUGAUGACUUUUUUGUCAACUCAAGCUUCUCGGCAGGUCAGAUUUCUGCUGCCUUGCUGGGAGGGUUUUACAGUUAUGAUGGUUGGGAUAUUCUAAAUUGGGGUGUUGAGGAAAUUAAGAGCCCUGAAAGAGUAAUGCCUUUCGCAAUCAUUGGCGGCAUGUCUCUAGUUGCUUUACUUUACACAUCAAUGAAUUGUGCUUAUUUUACUUUACUGACAGCUGAUGAAAUGAAAGUUUCCAAUGCUGUCGCAAUGACGUUUAUUGAACGUAUUAUUGGUCAAAAUUUAGCUAAUUGGACUGUUCCUCUAUUAAUUAAUUUGGUAUUGCUUGGUUCGAUUAACGGUACUAUGUUUAUUGCAAGCAGAUACUUGUUUGCGGCAUCACGUGAACGCCAUUUACCAGCGUUCCUUGCGUGUGUAAACGAGAAAAAUGAAAGUCCAAGAUCAGCUCUUUUAGUUCAUGUAUUAUUGGCAUUCAUAUUCUCAUUUGCUGGCAAUAUUGAGCAACUAAUCGUCUCAAUGGGUUUUGCCCAAUUGCUACAACGUUGCUUUACUUUAUCCGCUCUCCUUUAUAUUCGCUUCUAUAGAUUAGGAUUAAAUACCGAAGAUAAUGAAAUAAUUAAAACCCCAAUAAUUUUGCCAAUACUUUUCUUAAUUAUUUGUAUUGUGCUCGUUUCUAUUAUUAUUUUACAAAAGUUCUCGGAUGCCUAUAUUGCUUUAAUUGUUUUGGCAUUUGCAGGAAUUAUUUAUUUGCUAUUUUUGUGGGAUAAAGGAUUAAGGAGAUUCGAGUUUUAUAGAAUAAUGUCUGAACAAGUAAAUGGUUGGUUUCUAAUUUGGAUUACCCCAUUUUCUCGAUUAAUUUCCCUCGUUCGAAUAAUUCCCCAUUCUUGA